GGCCAGGGGGCCCCCACCCCCCCCGUGACGUCACAUCAGCAUGGCCGCCCUCAGGGUCGCGUCUUCGUGCCGGCGGGACUUGCAAAGGCACACUCAGUGUCUGCGGUUGCCGUGCUGCGUCACAUAUUUGCGAGCGUGCACCAUCUACACAUCCGCCCACGACCCCAGUGAGAAGACCUUCGACAAGAUCCUCAUCGCUAACCGAGGAGAGAUUGCCUGCCGGGUGAUUAAAACAUGCAAGAAAAUGGGGAUAACGACUGUGGCGGUUCACAGCGACGUGGACGCCAACGCUGUGCACGUGAAGAUGGCUGACGAGGCUUUCUGCGUGGGCCCGGCCCCCACCGCCCAGAGCUACCUCAACAUGGCGGCCAUCCUCGACGCCGUGAAGAAGUCGGGCGCGCAGGCGGUGCAUCCUGGGUAUGGCUUCUUGUCAGAAAACAAGGAGUUUGCGAAACAGCUGGCUGCGGAAGGGGUUAAAUUCAUCGGGCCCGACACGCACGCGCUGCAGGCGAUGGGUGACAAGAUCGAGAGUAAACUCAUCGCCAAGACCGCCGGGGUCAACACCAUCCCGGGGUUCGACGGCGUUGUCAAGAACACGAAAGACGCCGUGAAAAUUGCGCGCGAAAUCGGUUACCCCGUCAUGAUCAAGGCCUCUGCUGGUGGAGGCGGCAAAGGGAUGAGGAUCGCGUGGAACGAUGAGGAGACUAAGGAGGGCUUCCGCUUCUCCUCCCAGGAGGCGGCGUCGAGCUUCGGAGACGAUCGCCUCCUCAUCGAGAAAUUCAUCGACAACCCCCGACACAUCGAGAUACAGGUGCUAGCGGACGAGCACGGGAACGCGCUGUGGCUGAACGAGCGCGAGUGCUCUGUGCAGAGACGCAACCAGAAGGUGGUGGAGGAGGCCCCAAGCACGUUCCUGGACACGCAGACGCGCCGUGCGAUGGGGGAGCAGGCGGUGUUGCUGGCGCGUGCCGUGCGCUACGCCUCGGCCGGCACCGUCGAGUUCCUCGUCGACUCCCAGAGGAACUUCUACUUCCUGGAGAUGAACACACGCUUGCAGGUGGAGCACCCCAUCACGGAGUGCAUCACGGGGCUGGACCUCGUCAUGGAGAUGAUCCGCGUGGCCGCGGGCCACCGCCUGCGCCUCUCGCAGUCCGAGGUUCCCAUCCGGGGCUGGGCCAUCGAGUGCCGCGUCUACGCAGAGGACCCGUACAAGUCGUUUGGCUUGCCGUCCGUCGGACGCUUGUCCCAGUACCAGGAGCCGACCCACCUGACCAACGUGCGCGUCGACAGUGGCAUCACGGAGGGCAGCGACAUCAGCAUCUUCUACGACCCCAUGAUCUCCAAGCUCGUCACCUAUGGAGGGGAUCGCAAAGAGGCGCUUCGGAGGAUGGUGGAAGCUCUGGACAGCUACGUUAUCCGGGGCGUCACCCACAACAUCCCCCUGCUGAGGGAGAUCAUCACUCACCAGCGCUUCAUCACCGGUGACAUCUCCACCAAGUUCCUGCCCGAGGUCUACCCAGAUGGGUUCAAAGGCCGGGUGCUGAGCAACGUGGAGAGGAAGGAGCUGAUUGCGAUCACCGCCUGCCUUUACGCUCGUUACCAGGAGCGCGCGCGCGCGUUCCUCAACCAGCCCAGGCCGAUGCUGAACAAGCCGCGCUCGGAGACCCUGGACCUGGCCGUGUCCCUGGACGGGCAGAGCCACGGAGUGAAGCUGGCGGGGGAGCUCGGCUCGCAGGGGGUCUACGAGGUUGAUCUGGACGGAGUGAAGGUCGAAGUUAUUGGCGAAAUCAACCUCGCGUCUCCGCUCCUUCGGGUCAGCAUCAAUGGAAAAACCCGCACCGUGCAGUGCUUGUCUCGAGACGGGGCUGGAAACUACAGCAUCCAGUACCAGGGCACCACGUACAAGCUGCAGGUGCUGCGUACGGCGGUGUUGGCGCUCAUGCAGCACAUGCCGGUGCGCGUGCGCGAGGACACCUCCCUCUUCGUGCUGUCGCCCAUGCCAGGGACCGUGGUGAACGUCUCCUGCAAAGCCGGAGACCAGGUGUCUGCUGGACAGGAGGUCUGCGUGAUUGAGGCCAUGAAAAUGCAGAACAGUCUGACAGCCAGCAGGAGUGGGCAGGUCAAGGCCAUUCACUUCGCGGCCGGAGACACGGUGGGGGAGGGAGACGUCCUGGUAGAGCUCGAAUGAAAACCAGUGCGGAGAUCGGCACAGAUGGACACACAGAUACACACACACAGAUGUAUACGCAGAUGCUCGCGCACACACACAGAGACGUACACACAUCCACACACAUGCAACCCAUCUCACUAGUGAAUAUGCAGUUAUACGUACACACAAACGUGACCCACCUCACCAGUGAGUAAGCACUUAUCCGCACACACAUGUAUGCGUGCAAAGACAACGAUCCCCCAUAUAGCCUUAACAGACUGUUGGGGCAAGUGCUGUUAGCGAGCACCUCAUGAAGGCCGGCACGGCACACGAGGGGGCGAGUCACCAGCACCACACCCGACCGCCUUUGUCUCUCCCAGUGGCGAUGCUUACACACCGCACCAGGUACUCACUUUGAGACUGUGUCGACCGGUUCGGAUAAUCGUCACUGGUGUUGAACUUGAGCCGGGUUUGUAGCGCUGCACGCGACCGCUCCCCACGUGUAUACGUGCGUCCACGCGCACACACACACACGCGCACACACCCACGUGACCCAAUUCACCAGCGAGUAAGCACUUAUCCGCACACACGGGCUCGGCUCCGACUUCGCAUUUCAGUGCCACACGGAGCCAGUCCGGGUUUUUCUUGACAGACUCGAAAGCAGCAUCUCUCUACUCGAGUGAGCGUAUGUCUACGCUUGGUGAUGGGGGCCCCUGAGGCAGCAGUGGAAAUUCCACGUUCACGUGGCUGGAGGGGGGGGCUCAUUUCGCUCAGACGACCAUUGUUGACAUACCACAAGGCGUUACUCAUUUUAAAUGAUCAUGGAUUGGUGGUGGUGGUGGUGGUGAUGGGUCAGAGGUCGCAAACGGGUUUUGAUUCCUUACCCGUACCCUGCCGUACCAGGGGGCAAAGGGGUACCCGUACCCGGCCGUACCCUACCCGGCCGUGUACGGGUAGCCGGGUAUCGGGUAGGGUACGGGUAUCGGGUACCUGGUUGCGACCUCUGUGAUGGGUUGAGUUGACCCCUGACUGGGAUUUGAACUUGCGCACGCUCGGAGCGCAAGCGGCGCUUCGCUGGAAGUUACUUGAUUCAUGUUCACCUCUCUCGGCCUUUUCGGCCGGCGCUACCAUGGUCAGCGAAAUGUUACGGCCGCCCGUCUGUGUACGGCCCAUUGUGUUAAAGCACCUCAAGUUUCUGGGAAACUCAGCCGGGACGCGCGUGGCGAGCUGCUGGCAUCCCUUCCCUUCGCCGGCCUUGCCCACCAGCUCCCCCCCCCCCCCCCAUUUGAGUGACCGCCUCAUCGCUCACAGGCCCCACGCGCUCCUCUGCCAAACCCCGGGCCCCACUGCUCAGGAAGCUUCUCGCCCUUUACCCCGUAACGAUGGGGCGAGGACACACGGUUUCAAGCCAGGGGACAAUCGCCGAUUGCCGGGGCCCUCCCGGUCACCACGGCGAGAGUUUUGGUCGCGCUUCUCUCUUCCCCCGCACCUCCGCUAAGCACGGUUGGCUACGUACGGUGCGAAAGAAGUGCAACAUGCACGCCAUGUACACACUUCACACCGCCACGGUGCCAAACUCUGGAACUCAUCACCCGCCACCUUCACACCACCCGGUGUAUGCUAAGCUGUGGAAUCCAUCACCCACCUGAUUUUACGUGUGUAAGUGUGUUUUUGUUCAAGUAUAAUAAUGAAUGUCAAUAGUACACCACUCUGAUUUGCGACGCUAAUGGUAUUUAUGUUCACUGUGGGUCUUGGAACGUUUCUUUUUUUCUUAGAAAUUUUAAAUCACCAGAUUCCAUUUAAAAAAACAAACAAACCUGGCCCGGAUCAGUCGUCGGGAAUUGUGGAUUGUGGUUUCCCAAACUCCAGUCCGUCACGAAGCCAUCGCGCUCCGCUUUUUCCACGUUUCGUGAUCUCCAUUUCAGCCUGGACGAUUGGCAAGAUCCGCCAAUUCGGACGACGUUCAUCUGAACCGGUGUUUUCAGAGCACCGUACGCACGGACCAUCUCUAAUCAUUUCAAUCGGCCCUCUCGCUCACUGUGGGCACGCGGGAUCUCGUCAACCCAACGCUGCCGCGUCGUACGAACCGUGUUCUUCAGAAUCGUCGGCUGUGUGGCGUGUAAACGGCGGAUUUUUUCAUUUGAACGGAGGCGAUUUGGUUAAAGGAGGAGAGGGCCGUGAGCGCUGGAGCAUGGGAAACUGCCACCUCCUGUGGGCACGUGUCUUUCGUGCGCGUACGGAGUUUGAAUUGAUUUUGUCCUCCCCGUUUUGUGGUAACGAAUGAUACAUUUCACGUGCAUCACCUGCACAGAACAUUUCUGGUGGCUGCUCGCUCACUGAUGCCCAGACAGAAGUUAUUAACUGUGAUCACUGUAAUUGUUUAAAGUGUAAAAAUAUGAAUCCCGGAGAUGUGUGUAGUCUUUGUGCAAAAACAUGAUUAAAUGAAUGUGUACAUGG